GGUUUCUCAGUACAAAACCACCCCCGGAGCUGGUAUUAUCAAAGUAUAUGAUGACACGCGCUAGAGUACUUUACGGAGACUGAAUCCACGUUAAUUCGCUCCUAAUAUUUUUAUCGAUGGACUGCGUCGGAAGUGCAAAUUCCAACGACGAUUUGUAUAAAUAUCCUCAUGAAGAUCGCUCAUUUCGUGUGAAACAAGAGGCUUGAUUUUUUAAAUUUUGUUUCUCGCGAUGUUUUCGUGAUCACAUUUUAGCGCGUCGCGUUAUGUACGCGAUGAUUGAACGUUUUAGCGAUCGAUGACACAGACGAGAGGGAUUAUUUUCUUGAAAGCUGUGUGUGCUGUGAUCACAGAUUCGGCAAACAACGAGCGGAUCGUCGUGUCGGCGAUGAAAGAGAACGUGGGAUGAUCGACGAAAAACUUCAGUUCGCAAAGUUCGAGCGUUUGGCGGUAAGCGCGGUCGAACGUGCAAAAUGCGAAACUCAAAGUUGCCUGUUCAAAGCCCGGUAAUUUUACGUUAAUUUGACGUUUCAUCGGGAGUGUCCAGUGCAGUGUUUCCAAAUUUUGUUUGACGUAGAAUCGUGAAAAGUACUUAAAUACUCGCUACCGUAUGGAACCGUAAGAGUAGAACGAAUGUAAAAGAUGAUCGAUGAUCGCGCACGACUAUAAAUCAAUUUUCAAUACAACGUUCGAGUAACAGAAAUGACGUUGUAUUUUGAGCACUGUGUGUGAAGCUGCGACUCACCAUGUACGUAUUGUGAUUACUCGGUUCGGUUCAAACGAACAAUUUUUACGAAGAAAUCAUCGUUGCGUCGGCGAGAGAGAGAGAGAAAGAGAGAGAGACGAGCAUGGCAUGCGUAGCGAGAACUGCAGGUUGCCAAGUCAAUUGCGCGGCAAUAAACAGUUCAACGGUCCGACAAUGAUGACUAGAGUUUACGAGCUAAGUUGCAACAUUUAGCAGCCAAUUGUUGUAUCAUUGCUUGUACGAAGCUCUUAGCACGAUGUUCGCCGAUGUGACUGAAAAACCAGUAGGAACGAUGGAACAACCUCUAAAUUUGUCUUCGCUAGAGAGCUCGAUGGCGAAAGAAAUGUGAUGACGAGAAACGAAUAGAUGCGAUUAUGAGAUCAUUUUCAAUUGUUUUCAUAAUUUAAUUUAGAGAAUUCAACUGUAUGAAAGUAAGGUCUGUUGCAUUAAUAACAUUCCUCGGUGCAAAGAGGCAGAAGGGAAGAAAGAGUCCAAUUGCUGAAAUUCAUCAUUACGGGGUCGUCAUUUCGAUUCCUAAAAUUUCUCAGACUCCGCUGGAAAAACCGUGAGAAAUGGCAGCGUGAAGGAAGGACGAGCAAUGCGCCGGAGAAACGUCGAUUGCGGGCGCAUAACAUCGUAUGGCGGGAAUGCGCUUCAUCAGGAGAGAAGAUAUCUGCGGUUUUCUCGGCCAUGCACAAGGGAGAACCGGAGGACCUCCGCGAGAAGACUGGAAUCUCGUUGAGGCCGCUUGCGUCAAUUUUGUCAUCAACGUAACGUAUCGUUACACAUAGUUCCUGUCGAUCACGAUAAACUCCUCGGCCUAACUCGCCGUAACGCAGCCGAAGAGAUUUGAUCUACGAAACGCCGAUCGAUCGCAAAUUCCGCCGCGAGGAUGGAGUCGACACUCACGAAUCCCGCGAAUGCGAGCCAUGACCUCGUCAACUGCAGCUCGCAAUUCACUUCGCUGGCGAAUGGAGUGGCGGCUUGCGAGAGAUUUGAAUUUGGCUUCGAUCGUGAGCUAGUAGAAAGUAUCGUGGUGGUGGUAGUGCCAUUGUUCUUCGGCAUGAUCGGCAUCCUCGGCUUGGUCGGGAAUUCGCUGGUCGUCGUGGUGGUGGCGGCGAAUCCUGGAAUGAGGUCGACCACGAACAUCCUCAUCAUCAAUCUCGCUGUGGCAGAUCUGCUUUUCGUCAUAUUUUGUAUCCCCUUUACGGCUACCGAUUUCGUAUUGCCAUACUGGCCGUUCGGCAACGUCUGGUGCAAGAUCGUUCAGUAUUUGAUCAUCGUCACUGCCUACGCGAGCGUCUACACCCUUGUCCUCAUGAGCCUCGACAGGUACUUAGCGGUGGUCCACCCGAUCGCCUCGAUGUCCUGGCGGACGGAGAAUCACGCGAUCCUCGCGAUCUGCGUCACCUGGGCGGUGAUCUUGGCGAUAUCCACCCCCGCGCUCGUGAUACACGGCGAGAUUCGCUACGUGUUCCAGGAGGUGGACGGCUCGUCGUCGGAAAAUCUGACGGCUUGUCGGAUCCUAGAGCAGUACGACUGGUCCUUCUUCCAGGUCUCCUUCUUUCUGACGAGCUAUGUGCUGCCGCUGAAGCUGAUAUGUAUUUUUUACGUGUGCAUGCUGAUCAAACUGUGGCGUGGCGCGCGCAUUAGCGCCGAAAGCCGACGCGGGAGGAGGCGAGUCACCAGGCUCGUCCUCGUCGUCGUAGGUGUCUUUGCCGUUUGUUGGUGUCCUAUACAGGUGAUACUAGUGACCAAGUCUGUCGAUAUGUUUCCGCUCACGACGGCAACGAUAAUGCUGCAAAUAGCCAGUCACAUCCUUGCAUAUACCAACAGCUGCGUUAACCCUUUCCUCUACGCCUUCCUCAGCGACAAUUUUCGCAAAGCCUUCCGGAAGAUCAUCUAUUGCAGGCCGCGGCCGGAGUCGAACAAUCGGCUGGGACCAGCGACGAAGACUACGAGAGCUGCCAGUACUGGCGAUAUUCUUUAGGUAAUAACAUUUACCGGCCACGCACGGGGCGCGGACUGGCGCGUGCAAAACGAGCUCUUGUUUAUAACGACGAAUGUCUGCGGUGCAUAGGAUAUUCGGUGUUUGAUGUCGCGUAGGCGAGCAGGCGCAUAUCUCCGAUUCUUUAACCUGUGCCAGGCAGAAAAAAAAAGAAAUGUAUACAUUGAAAUUUUUGUAUCCUCUCUAUUUCUUUAUCGGACCGCGGGAGCCGGUCGUGUCCGUCUGUGUAGAUAUUUCAACGGUAAUUGUUCGGCGAGAAAGUGCAUCCCCGCGCGCACGCAGGAGCGCGCUGCGUCCCGAGAUGCGCAGCCAAUAUCGAGAAGGAGCUUAUAAAAACUUAGCCCGAUCGUUGUAAUCGUUACUACUGAUCCUCUUUCGCGAGUGUACUCUCUUCGCAGGUUCGACUCGGAUUCGCGAAUUGCGGCAGUCGAGCUCCCUGCCGAUUUUGCGAAUGCGAACUCUAUGUACGAUAUCCCCUUUCUUCUCCCUCCCCGCCUCUCCCCCCCUCUCGCCCCUUAAAUGUGAAAUGCGAGCUCAUUUCUCGACGCUGUUGGUUUUACGGGGGACCGUCGGAAAAUUGCAUCCCCGAGAAUUAUAAAGUGUACCAAUAAAGACACUGAGAUAAUCCACGUCGUUUGU